AUGACUAAUUGGCUAUUUUUCACUAUUCUCUUUUUAGGGAUUUAUGCACAGAGUGAUACCCAGAGCGAUGGCUGUAAAGAAAGAAUAUCAGAAGACCACUGUAUCGAAUGUGAAGAAGGUUAUUAUCUUGAAUUGGUUGAGAAUAGUACCUCACAAAUUCCAAUGCUUAUUUGCAAACAAUCACCAACAAUUGAAAAUUGUGCUGAGGUAGAUGGGGAUGGGUGUGUUAGAUGUGAUGAUGGUUAUUAUGUGAAUGAUGGUUAUUAUGUGAAUGAUGGUUAUUAUGUGAAUGAUGGUAGUUGUAAACUUUGUAAGGAAAAUGAAAAUAAAAUUGAGAAUUGCUUACAUUGUAAUAACACUCAUUGUUAUGAAUGUGGUAAAAGUAGUAGUGGUAAUCAACUGUAUCUAUCUGUUGACCAAACACAAUGUAUUGAUUGUUCAACUUCUAGUGAUGAGGUUAAUGAAGCUUGUGGAAGGUGUGGUGAUGGAAAAUAUUUUGAUGUAGAGUCAAGGAGUUGUAAGAGUUGUCUUACUAAUUGUGCACUAUGUACUGAGGCAUAUAAUUGCUUCCAAUGUACUAACAAAACAUUAUUAGUUAGAGAGGUAGAUGAUUCUAUGCCAGCAACAGAAGAGCAACCAGAUGUAUGUAGACCAAUUAAAAACUGCAAAGAAGGUUAUCUAAAAGAUGACCAUUGUGAACUUUGUGAAGAUGAGUAUAGAAUAUACAAAGGAGAUUGUGUUGCUUGUGGAGGUAAUUGUUCUACAUGUUAUUAUGACAAUGAGGUUGUAUGUACAGUUUGUAAGGAGGGUUUCGUUGUUCAUAAGGGCAAAUGUUAUGACAAAGCAGAAUUACAUUGUGCUGAAGGUACACAUACAUACGGGUGUUUGGAGUGUGAACCAGGCUAUUUCUUUAAUGAAGAUUUGGAAUGUGAAAAAUGUUCAGACAGUUGUGGAACUUGUGUUCAAGAAUCUACUCGUUGUUUGUCAUGUGCUAAGGAUUAUUAUUUCUCAACUGAUAAUAGUAAAUGUAUCCCAAAAGGUAAGGAUUGUUCGUUAGCUGAUCAAGCAGGAUGUAAAGAAUGUAUCAACGAUCUUAGCCCUGAGAAUUUAACAAAGCCAGGAUACUUUGUUAAACAAGGUGACCAAGAUUGUAGUCCAUGUAAUAAAUUUUGUAAGCUUUGUGCUUUUGAACCAUACAAUUGUUCUGCUUGUAUCACUGGUUAUGUUCUAACUAAAAACACAACUUCUGAUGAUACUAAUAUGUAUUAUUGUGAAGAAAAACCAAAAUCAUGUUUAUCAGCUGAAAUGGGAUAUUGCACUCAAUGCCAAGAUGGGUAUUUUAUUUUUUCAAAAGAAGACGGUACUAGUCAGAGUUGCUUAAGCUGUGAUGUGUCUUGUGCUACAUGCACUAUUGAUGAUAGUGUAAGUAUUGAUGAUGAUAAUCCGGAUACUAGUAAUAGUUCAAAUUCAAUAUGUUUGUCAUGUGCUGAGGGAUAUUAUAGACAUAACGAUAGUGAAAAAUUAUGUUCACCACAAAGUGAAAUUAAUAUGACGUGCAUUGCUGGUCCUACAGGAUGUGUCACAUGUAAAGAUACAUUCUAUAUAAAUCAUGAUAAUGAAAAUGAAUUUAAUUGUACUGAAUGUCCUAGCUACUGUGGUAAUUGUGUGUAUAGUUCAACUAACAAAAAAGUAGUUUGUACAACAUGCCCUAAUGAUUCUAUGUAUGUUAAUUCUAAUGGUACUUGUUCUCCAUGCAAUGAAUUAGAACAUUGUGUUACUUGUUCAGGAAGUAAAUGUGUUACAUGUGAAGAAGGAUAUGAUUUAGACAAAGGAGGAAUGUCAUGUUCAAAGACUAAUUGGGCAUUAAUUAUUCCAUUAAUCAUAGUAGGAAUUAUUAUCAUCAUUGUUAUCAUUUCUAUUAUUAUUGCUAUUGUUUGGUGGAGAAGAAAGAAAACAGCUAAAGCUGAAUCCAAAGCUAUUAAACCAUAUCAUGUAUCAUCAGACCUUGAGUUAAUGCUUCUUGGUGCAGAUAAUGAAAAGUUCCCAUUGAAAACAGAUAAAUGGGAGUUAACAUUUAAUUUACAAAAGAGUAAAGCUAUUGUUGAUCAAGAGUAUGAAGAAACAGUUAAUUUGGCUAAUAUAGAUGUUAAAGGUGAAAACUUAUUAAUUUUCUCAUUAAAUCCACAAUCACCUGUUUGUGCUAAAUUAACUGAUUUCGGUACUUGUAGAAAUAUUUCUGAAAGAAGUUUGAGUGUUAAAGAAUUAUCACAAGGUAUUGGAACACCUACUUAUAUGCCACCAGAAUGCCUUAAUAAUUCUAGUGAUUAUUCAUAUCCAGUUGAUGUAUAUGCUUAUGGUAUGGUGUUAUAUGAAACUUAUAUUGAAAAGAAUGCAUAUGAUGGAGAUGAAAGAUUUAAUCAACCAUGGAUGAUUCCACAAUUUGUUAUUGAAGGUAAUAGAUUAGAAAAACCUGAUGGUAUUCCAGAAAAUUAUUGGGAAUUGACAACUAAAUGUUGGUCCCAAAACCCAGAAGACAGACCUACAUUUAUUGAUAUCUUAAAAACUAUUGAGUCUUGGGGUGAAGAUAUUAAAUAUGCUUUUAAUGUUGAAAGCUACAAAAAAGAAAUGGGAGAUAAUGUUCCAUCUAAUGUCAAUGACUCAACACCAUCUAAUAACCCUGUUUCACAAGUUGCUGAAGGUGAACAAAAACCAAAGAGUGAAUCUGUUUCUCAUAGUUCAAGUGAUGAGAAUUAA